UGCACAGAGAUGGUGGAAAGGAAGAUGAAGCACUCGUGUUUGGAGAGAGAUGAUCGAGAGAGAAACCCACUUAUUUUUUGGUCCUCUCUCAGCUUGACACGUGUCUCUAAGAAGCAGGCCUUCCAACCUUUACCCAAGGCUCGCCUCUUGGACUUCUCUCUCCUCUUUUAUUGUUUUUAAUGUUUUCUUGGGUUAAGAGGUGACCUAAGGGGCAGCGAUAAUGCUGCUCUUAGCCCAAGGCACCAAAGACAAUAAUUUGCCUAGUUUCCAUUUUUUUAAAGAAAAAAACUUUUCUAAAUUCAUCAAAAAGUCAAAAGUAUUAGUAUAAUCUUUUACCCUUUUGAAGCUUCUUCGAGAUCACUUUCUCUUUUUGCACUUUUUCCUCUUUAAAGUAAAAAAUGCAGUGUUCGUAUUUUAUACAUGUAACCUUCAUGAUAACAAAACUGAUUACAUUCUGCAUUUCGACGUGGACUUUAACACAUUGACCAUAAUAAGCACUUUGAAAAUAUCUUUUUUUGCCUUACUUUGAAUAGUUUGAUUUUGUACAAACGUACUUUACCCUUUUAAAGAAUGGGUAAAUAAGGAGAAGAUAAAAUUCCAUUUUAAAAUUGUUUGAACAUGGAAAGAAGUCUGGUAAGAACUCGAACAAAAAAAAAGAAUAGUUGAGUGAUUCUCUAAAAUAUAUUUGCUUAUUUUGACCCAUGUUGUUGGUACAUCUAAUCAAAUAAAAACAGUUUCCAUUCUUGACCCAAAAUAAAUAUUAUAUUUAUAUUAUCUCUUUACUAAUCAGCAAAGACACAAGAAGUCAUAAUAUAUCUUUCUCGAUCAUCAUAGAUCAUUCAAAGGCUAAAAGCUUUGUUCGAUGGGAAGAAUCACAGCUCUAAUAGGAAUGAUCAAAGACAAAGCUUCUCAAGGCAAAGCUGCUCUCCUCUCCUCAAACCCAACAAGCAAAUCCCUCUCUUUCCAUCUCUCCGUCCUCCGCGCCACCACUCACGACCCUUCAACUCCCCCGGCGAAUCGCCACCUCGAAGUUCUCCUCUCCGCCGGAACUGGCUCCCGAGCCACCGCAGCUUCCGCCGUAGAAGCCGUCAUGGACCGUCUCCACACAACCAAAGACGCCUGCGUCGCUCUCAAGUCAUUGAUCAUUAUUCAUCACAUCGUCAAACACGGUCGCUUCAUACUCCAAGACCAGCUCUCUGUUUUUCCAGCUUCCGGUGGUCGGAACUAUCUGAAGCUUUCUGGGUUUAGAGAUGAGAAGUCUCCUUUGAUGUGGGAGCUUUCCUCUUGGGUCAGAUGGUACGCUUUAUACCUCGAGCAUCUAUUAUCAACUUCAAGAAUCAUGGGCUUCUUUGUUUCAUCAACAUCGAGCGCGAUCCACAAAGACGAGUACGAAGAAAUGGUUUCGUCUCUUACCAACACUGAUCUGCUUCGUGAAAUCUACGCGCUGGUCGGGUUACUACAAGAAGCAUGUAAGAUUCCGGAUGUACCCUUCUGUGGAGGCAAAUCUCUAGCCGACAAGAUCAUUCGUUUGGUAGGAGAGGACUACGUGUCUUCGGUCAACGAGCUUUACACGAGACUCAACGAGUUUAAAGACCGGUCCAGCAUUUUGAGCUUUGGAGAUAGGAUCGAGCUUGUCUGUGCUUUGAAGAGGCUCGAGAGUUGUAAAGAAAGAUUGUCUGUUGUAUUCCGUGGGAUUUGGAAGAGAGCUUGGAUCGAUGGGUUCUGGAGCUUGGUUCGUGAGGUCAAGGGCAUGAUUGGUGGUUUAGAGGAUAGUAAUGAGCAAAUUGGGAGGAGAGGAAAAGGUUAUGAAUCGGCUCGGUUUACUGAUCGGUUAGUUAUUGGUUAUGGUGAUGCUGUUCGGUUUUCUUCCGGUAGAUUUUCGAGUGUUGAUCGGUUUAAUUAUCCAGUUUCUAGUCAAACGACUUUGAACGUCUUGUGAAUUUUUUUUUUUGGGUCAGAUCAGAUGUCUUGUGAUUUUUGUAAAACAAAAUUUCAGUGACAGGAAGAUAGAGAAAUUAAAUAUAUCAAACAGAAUAAUGAUACAUUUCCAAUAGAGAAAAAGAAAGUUAUAUUUUGAUCA